UAAUAAUAAAAAGAAAACAAACAGAGAGAAUAUUCGCUUUCUAUUUAAAAGCAUCUAUUUUCUCCGACCCCGUAACGAAUUCAAUUACUUGAAAACCACUCACUCAACCUCUCAACCAAAAACAUACAUACACAAAACCAUUCAAAUUUCCUACUUGAAAAGGCCAAUCAUUAAUCAUUCAAAUUUCUUUUUUCUAAAAUAGCGAAACCCUAACCUCCACGACAAUGGAUUUCACCUCAGUCGCCGCCACCGCCACCGCAAAGAGAGAUGCAAACGGUGGCCAAGCUCUUCUCUUAGGACGCUACGAGGUCGGGAAACUCCUCGGGCAUGGUACUUUCGCUAAAGUUUACCACGCACGCAACGUCAAAUCCGGUGACAGCGUUGCCAUCAAAGUACUCGACAAGGAAAAAAUCCUCAAAGGUGGCUUAAUCGCUCACAUCAAACGCGAAAUCGCCAUCCUCCGCCGCGUGCGCCAUCCGAACAUCGUACAACUCUUCGAAAUUAUGGCUACCAAAUCUAAGAUCUAUUUCGUCAUGGAAUACGUACGUGGUGGUGAACUCUUCAACAAAGUUGCUAAAGGCCGAUUAAAAGAAGACGUUGCCAGAAAAUACUUCCAGCAAUUGAUCUCAGCUGUCAAUUUCUGUCACGCCCGCGGCGUUUACCACCGCGACUUGAAGCCCGAGAAUCUACUCCUAGACGAAAACGGGGAUUUGAAAGUCUCAGAUUUCGGGUUGAGCGCGGUUUCGGAUCAGAUCCGACAAGACGGCUUGUUUCAUACGUUUUGCGGGACCCCUGCUUACGUGGCACCGGAAGUUUUGGCGAGGAAAGGAUACGAUGCGGCAAAGGUAGAUAUCUGGUCUUGCGGUGUAAUUUUGUUUGUUUUAAUGGCGGGGUAUUUACCGUUUCACGAUCGAAACAUUAUGGCUAUGUAUAAGAAGAUUUACAAAGGUGAGUUUAGGUGUCCGAGAUGGUUUUCACCUGAGUUAAUUCGGUUACUUACGAAGCUUCUGCAGACGAAUCCGGAAACGAGAAUAACGAUUCCGGAAAUCAUGGAGAACUGUUGGUUUAAAAAGGGGUUUAAACAUAUUAAAUUUUACAUUGAAGAUGAUAAAUUUUGCAGUGUUGAGGAGGACGACGAUGACGUGGGAUCGUGUUCGGACCAGUCAUCGUAUUCUGAAUCAGAAGCUGAGUCUGAAACUAGGAGGAAAGUUACUUCAUUGCCGAGGCCAGCUAGUUUGAAUGCGUUUGAUCUUAUUUCGUUUUCCCCGGGGUUUAAUUUAUCUGGGUUGUUUGAGGAAGGAGGGGAAGGGACAAGGUUUGUGUCAGGGGCGCCGGUUUCGAAAAUUAUAUCGAAAUUAGAGGAGAUAGCGAAGGUGGUUAGUUUUACAGUGAGGAAAAAGGAUUGUCGGGUGAGCUUGGAGGGUUCUAGAGAAGGGGUAAAAGGGCCACUGACCAUUGCUGCUGAGAUAUUCGAGUUGACGCCUUCUUUGGUUGUUUUGGAAGUUAAGAAGAAAGGAGGUGACCGAGGAGAGUAUGAGGAGUUUUGUAACAGGGAAUUGAAACCUGGGUUAGAGAAUUUGAUGCUGGAGGAAUCACGAUCUACUGCUGCAGUUGCUGCCGCUACUUCAUAUUUACCUUCUGAUACGGAGUAGAGAGAGAGAGAGAGAGAGAGAGAGGAGGAAGGGAAAAGGGUAAGCUUUUCUCUCUCUCUAAUCUUUUUUUUU